GAGGCGCUGUCCCUGCGCCCCGCCGUCGGCUCGGGCUGAAAAAGUUUCUCCAUGGUUCCUUUGUGUCGCCGGAGCGCCCAUUCCCCGGCCCGGAGCUGCCCCAGCCUUCCCGGCAGGAAGAAGUGGCGGAGCAGCUAGUGGGCAGCUGGCGCCCCCACUACACAAGCCUCUGCCACAGAGACUAGCCCCGCACAGCACCGGCUCACCAUGAUCGCCACCGGUGGCCUCCUAAGGAUUUCCGCCAGAAAACAGGAUCCCCUCCGCCCCCCAGCCCAGGUCCCUAAGCGCAAGCGGAAAGCCAAGAAAAGGCGUAAGAACGAUGUGGUGGUGGUGAAAGGCAAACUAAAGCUGUGCUCCAUCUCGGGGCUCAUUGCCCUCUGCGGGAUCCUGGUGUUGCUGGUGGGCAUAGCCAUGGCAGUGGUGGGCUACUGGCCCAAGGCCAACGGGAUCAACAGGGAAGGGGGUAAGCAGCUACCGCCCGCAGGCAGCGGCCACCGCAUCCCGACCAUGGCCAAUAGCAGCGGCAGUGGCGGCAAAAACCGGUCCAGGAGUCACCUGGGGACUCCGGGGGGCGUCAACUCUAGUUUGGUGGGCGCGCCCCGAAGCACUCCUCCAGCGCGGUCCGCCGGCCCUUCCUCCUCUUCCACGUCUGUGGGUUUCUUCUUCCGCAUCUUCUCCGGAUACCUGCACUCUGACAAACUCAAGGUCUUCGGGCCCCUCAUCAUGGGCAUCGGCAUCUUCCUCUUCAUCUGCGCCAACGCGGUGCUCCACGAGAACCGAGACAAGAAGACCAAGAUCAUCAACCUGCGGGACCUCUACUCCACCGUCAUCGACGUGCACAGCCUCCGCGCCAAAGACCUAGCGGCCGCCGCAGCUGCAGCCGCCGCGGCUGCCUCCUCGUCCUCCGCCCCCGCCUCGGCGCCCCCCGGAGCCCCGCCGCUCAACGGCUUCCUCAGCUACGUGCAGUCGCGGGGCCUGGAGCUGAAGCCCGGGAGCUGCGGCGGCAGCGCGGGGGACGCCUUCGGGGCGACGGCGAUGCUGGCCAGGGGCUCGUGGGAUGCGGACGGGGACGCGGAGGGCGCGAGCUGCGGCUGGCAGAGGCCACCUGGGGAGCGUGGCUCCCGGGAGAUCCCGCGGGGCGACGACCUGAGCUUGACCGACCUCCGCGGUGCCCCGGGCGGCUCGCGCAGGGCGCCCAGCGAGCUGGAGGAGCCCGAGGGCGCGGCGGCGGCGCGCACCGCCAGAGGGCAGGGUGGCCGCCUGCCCAGGACCGGCAGGUACGCGGCCCUGCGGCGCCGCAGCACCAGCGGGCUCCCGGACUACCGGGCGCCACCGUCCCCCGAGCCCCCACCCUCCCCGCUCAGCGCGGAGCUGGACUCGAGCCUUCUGGCCAAAGCUGCCUCCCCCUCCCCGCCCCUGCGGCUGGAGGACUCGCCCCCGGCCAGGCCGGACUCGCCAAGCUCCCAGUCGGAUGACCCAUCCUGCCGCAAUAAGGGCUACACCCCACUGCGGGAGGCUGGCACCUCUUUGGAGUCGGUUGUGAAAGCAGUAGCCAGUAAAAGUCCAGACUGUGAGGCCGCCAGGGUCCCGGGGGCGCAGCAGAGCCCCACGGAGGAUCCCAGCCAAGGGCCACUCGAGGCCCAGCCACCUCAGCCGUUGCAGAGGCAGUUUACAAACAAGGAGAAACUCUUCAUGAUUUCCAGGUCUCACGCCCUAGGGGUAGAGGAUGGAGAACUGGAAAGUACUGGCAUUUAGGAAAAGAAGGAGCGAAAGGGUUGGAAAGGAGUCAGAGAAUUGGGGAAAUGCCCGCUUGAAUCGGUGAAAUGAACAUUUCCCUAUUUCCUUGUGGACUUACCUGAGGAAAUCGUCCAAUACCCAAAGAGCUGCAGAAUGUUAUCCUUGAAUUGCGUUCACAAGUUUCCUGUAGAUAACUCCAAGCAAUUUUUUUAAAAAAAGCAAACUAGUCUUUUAUGUCCGAUUGUGAUUGUAUGUUCCAUGAAAACCAAAUGUAUUAAAAGGUCAGCAAUCUAGUUCAUUAGAUAAAAUUCUCUUAAUUUUCUUAGGAUCAAAAUAAUAUAUUUUUUUGACAGUAACUGUGCACUUUACUCCAACUUUUUCUUCCCCCUCAUUUCCCUAACCCUGUCCCCUGCCUCUGGUUUUGUCCAUAGCUGCUUGUGACUGACAAGCUUUCCUUCUCCUGUGCUUUUGUGGAGCAUAGAAGGGUUUGUCGAAGUUCUUUGAGAACAGACCUUACUAAAUGAAGUCAAAGCCAGAAGCAAGAGUGUGUCAGGAAAGAGCACUUUCCUUUGCCCCGCCCUACUCUGCUCCAACAGCUCAAAGGCCUAUUUAUUUUUUAAAAGGAUAUAUACAUUUUGCUACUAGGGUAUCUAAUGGAGGAGGGGGUGGGCAUCAUCUAGAUGGAUUGUUACAUUCCUAAGAUCACUAUAUCAAGUACACAAUACUUUAUUGAGUAUUAUCACACCUGUAUUGCAAAUAGCGUUAUUAAAAAUCUUUUUUAAUAAAAGAAGUUUCCAAACAAACAGUUAAACAUAAUAUUGCUUCAUUUUGUCUUGGAACUAAUGCUUCUAAUACAUAUUAAAAAUUAAACAGUUCAGCUGGUAAAUCUGAAAUAUUUUGCUAUGACACUGUACUAUGACUGUAGCUAUC